AUGAAAUACGGCGAACAGCUCGAGCAGGAAUCCGUUCCAGAAUGGAGUUUACAUAACGUCGACUACAACUCGCUCAAGCACGAGAUCAAGGUUCAUACGAGCCGCGACCAGGCGACCGCAAUCGCCAUUCCCGGUCACCAAGAUGCUGCUCUCAAGCGUUUCGAAGAUAACCUCUUCCACGAGCUUUGCCAACAGCACGACCGGGUUGAUCUUUUUGUUUCCAGCAAGGCGGACGAGCUUUCGCGUCGACUGCAAUACAUCGCCGAUCAGCUUCAAAAGUUGAUUGUCAAGUGUGCCGAGGAGGGUGACCGUAUUUCGAUCAAGCGGCAUCGACGGUUCGCCAAGUACGAAAGGGAUCUGCUUCGUUGCGGAGAAGAAACACUUGCGCUCGCUCGUUUCAUCAACGCCCAGAUUACGGCUUUCCGGAAGAUUACGAAAAAGUACAAGAAAUGGACAGGAUCUUCCACACUCGGCGCACGCUUUCGCGAAAACGUACUCGCCAACCCUAAGAGCUUUACCCGUCGCGACCUGAAUAACCUCCAAACACGUUACGAGGAGUUGCUCAACACUCUCCGCACCUCCACGCCUCAGUUGAGCGAGCCCAGCUCGCCCUCCUCCGAUGAACAGACACCCACGAGGCGAGGAUCUACCGCAGAGAGUUUCUUCACGCCUUUGCCACCAGCAGAGCGAAUUCCUCGGAGGCCCAUCCAGCAGCAACAGCAACAGCACUACUGGAAUGAGUAUGACGAUGGCAGCGAGAAUGGUGGACAGGAGGAGGAAUACGCCAUUUAUAUCAACCCUGACGCAGACAUGAGCUUUCCCGGCCUGGACUCGAUGCGCGCGAUUCUUGCCGCGCCCUUCCGCCACGCAAAGACGUGGUUUUCAAGGCGGCAGAACCCUGAGGGGCAGCGACUGUUGGCCAGCGAGCCCUUCCUCCAAAGCUACGGCGGCAUUUCACCACUUGGCACGGAUACCGACGACGAGUACGCGAGCUCUGAUGGUAUGCCUACGAACGGAUAUGCCACGCAUUAUGCUACGCUACCCAGCAUUAACGAGCAGCAAGUGCGGCGGUACCGCGAGCGCGUUUUGUUCUGGGCCACCAUUGGCUGUUUCGGCGUAUCUUUCCUACUACUCCUUGUGGCUGGUAUCCUCAUUUCAACGGGCCGCCACAAGCUACGCGCAGAGGUCGACGCUGGCGUGACAGUUGGCGUCGUGGCCAGCCUCUUCAGCGCCUGCCUCGCCUUGGGCAUGUCGCUUUAUCGGCACGAUGAUUUGGGCAUCUGGCAACGUGUGGCCGUGUAUAGCAGCUUUUUCACAGCCUGCAUGCUCAACGGUAUGCUACUCAUCCUUGUUGUGGGGAAUGCAGCAUAG